GAAGAUAGCUUUUUGAUAAGAAGGGCGUCCAUUGCCAGACGGAAUAGAAAUUUCUCUAUAUGAAGAUUUAGUAUGGAUCCUCGUACGAGUGCACAAGAUGUCAUCCGUUGUGACCUUUGUCAGACAGCUGAAGUGCAGAAGUACUGUGAUUUCUGUCAUGUCAAUCUGUGUAUUCCUUGUAUAGGAAAACAUAUUUCUGAUGACUAUGACAAACAUAAAGUGGUCCCAUUCAAACAAAAGAAGUCAACUUUAAUCUAUCCUAAGUGCUCAUCACAUCAAAAAAGAGGCAGCAAGUUUCACUGUAAAACGUGCGGGACCUCUGUAUGUUCUCUGUGUGCUACAUCUGAUAAACACAGAGGGCAUACAGUUUUACCUCUUUCUGAUCUCUUUUAUUCAAAGAGGGAAGCUAUUGGAAAAGAUUCUGAAGAAUUAGAAAACUCAAUUUCUCCAACGUAUGCAGAAAUUGCAGAAGGAAUAGAAUCCCAGAUAGCUAACCUAGAUGGGAAAUAUGAAAAUCUUACAUCAACGUUGAUUGAAUUUGGUGAAGAAUGGCACAGAGAAGUUGACGUGAUUGUUGAAAAAUUAAGAAUGGAAAUAGAAAAGGAAAAAACGAAACAUAAGAGUAUUCUAAAGGAGCAUUUGAAUGAAAUCAAACAGAUACAGACUGUUAUUGAAGAAACACUUCGAAAUCUUGAACAAACUGAAGAUUCAAAUGAUGUAUCUUUGACCAUGGAGUACAUCUCACGCACCAAGGAAUUUAGCAAACUACCUCCAAAAAUUCAAAUAUCAAUACCAACUUUUAGUUCAAGGACAAUAGACACAGAGCAGUUUUACAAGCUAUUCGGAUAUUUAAUACCAUUAUCUGUCACAACAGAGGAAAAUGGUUACGAAGUGAAGAAACCAAAGUUAUCAUCAAAAGAAAUGCUAGAGGCAAAAGUAAGUUAUAUUAUUUUAACGGAUCGAUCAUAUUAUUUGUACCCACAGACAUUGAUAUUUGGUUAA